UUUCCGCCAGGCUCACACAACUUGGUUGAGGAAAAUAGCGUUGUUAUGGUAACCGGUUGUUCGUUUACAAUGAGCUGGCUGUUAGUUGGUAGUUUCGGGAUACAAAUGCUUUGUUUUACAUAAUAUAAGUUGCGUACUUAUAGUUUUCCAUUAGUCAACUAACAAUUGUAGGUAAUCAUCUUUGAAUAUGGAAGAACCUGAUACGUUGGAACACACAUAUAUCAUCAGGCCGAAUUAUCAGCACAAGUUUAAGGUGGGGGUGGUGAAGGAAUGUAUCCGAGAGGUUCUGAAAGAACAGCUUGGAGGCACAUCGUAUAACCCGCAGCUCAUCUCAACGCAGUGUCGUUCAGUUGCUGACUGUAUCAAGGACAAACUCAAAGACCUGGGUUUUGACCGAUACAAGCUGGUUGUGCAGGUGGUGAUCGGAGAACAGCGAGGAGAAGGAGUUAAGAUGGCUGCCCGAUGCUUCUGGGAUGCUGACACUGAUGGCCACGCCCAGGAUAUGUUCAUGAAUGACAGCCUGUUCUGUGUGGCUGCUGCAUUUGGCUGCUUCUACUACUGAGCACAGAGAGAGCGGCUUUCAGCCAGCGACGCAGCGCGACUGGGCAUGUCUGCUGCAGAAUGCGCAUCAUCCACAGACAGCAGCGCUCCACAGCACGUCGGAUAUAACACACGGCCCGCCUCCUCUCUGCUCAACCUGCUAGUAACCUGCCACCCGCUUGCAGGAAGUAAAGGACAAAUGAGAGGCGUGAUGCUGACGAUGGCACGUGCUCUGGAACUGCGUGCACACAGCCCUGGUAGCCGUACAUAUUCUGUAUAAUUCAUGAAGCUUUCAGAAGCUCAGAAUAAAGUGCUAAAAAGACAGAAUUAUUCCAACACAAGUGCUGACAGGACAACAGAGGACCACUUGUGCUAAAAGAAUGCUGAAUGUUAAAUGUGAAAUUUUUUUUUUCCCUGAUCUAAUAUAUUUGUUAUAUUCUC